AUGUCCUCCAAUGUACUCACAGUUGGUGUCUUGUUGGUGGGGGUUAACCAGUUACUGGAUGUCUCCCCAGUUGACUUGCUUGGCAUGUUGUCCACGAAGUACCUCAAGCUCGCUGAGUUGCCCGGCUCUAUCCAACAAGAAGGGCUCGAUAUUAGUAUUAGAUACAUAUCGGAUGUACCGGGCAAUCAUAAGGUCACCGCCGAUGCAGCAUUGGAGGUUACUCAUCUAAUUGAUUCUCCGGAGUGUCACCCUGGCAAGCUGGACAUUCUGAUGCUUCCAGGAUCGGACCAAUUUAGGCCAAGCGAAGAGGUCGUCAGAUUCAUAAAAGGUCACGCUGCAUCGCACGGGACUACAAUCCUGACAAUCUGCACCGGCACGUUCAUGGCCGCCGCUGCGGGGGUAUUCGACGGCAAAAUGGCGACGGGCCCAAGGACAUUUUACAAGGAGCUACGACAGCGGUUCCCUCAGGUCAAUUGGGUCGACCAGAGAUGGGUACAGGACGGAAAUACGUGGAGCAGUGGCAAUAUAACAAAUGGCCAGGAUAUGAUCUCUGCGUUCAUCAGACAGCGAUGGCCAGGUAUCUUGAGCGAAACGGUGCUUGGAAUGUCCGAUGUUGCGCAUCGGAAGGAUAACUAUGACAAUUGA